AUCCAGAGACAUGGCCACAUAAACCUUUCAAUGAAAUACAUCCGUGUCAUUUCUUUGUUUUGGUGUUUGUUGGUCAACAUAAAGUGCGCAGUAACUCGGCCUUUGCGCUGCUUUCCUCCACACAGGCUCCUAUGAGGGAUAUCUAGUGCCUUGUGCGGGUCUUCGUCUUACAUGCGGGUAAAGUGUGUAGGGUGGUCGCUUGUAGUCCUCAACCCCCGUUGAAGUGCUGCAUAUGUGAAGCCGUUUUUCCAUAGGCCGGGUGCCUAAAAUGCUCGUUGAUGUGAGAGGAGGUGGGCAGGAUAUAUCUGGGACAGGCCGAGCAGCAUAAAUUUGACUUCAUGGAGGUAAAUGUGCCGUUUGGUUCCAGGGUUUAAUGCAGCCUCAGUCCGUUUUUCUGACUGAGGAUGUAGCUCCUCUGCCUUGCGUGUUCGUUAGUCGCUGCUGAAAUGAUGCCAAAGAAAUGAGUAUGAGAAGGUUCUAGACUCGUUAGAUCAACUGAUAAUGACAGUGAAAAAGGUACAGUCAGGAUCCCAGAGCAACUUCUCCAAACUGAACUCUAGCCUAUCCUGGUCACAAUGGCUGCCAACAGCACCCCUCAGAGCUGUGGACCUAAUGUGGACUCCCUCUAUUACAACCUGUGUGACCUCAGUGCAGUUUGGGGCAUCGUGCUGGAGGCCUUCGCGGCGGCUGGCAUCGUCUUCUCCAUAGUGCUGUUCAUCUCGCUGCUCGCCAGCUUGCCCUUCAUGAAAGACAAGAACCGCAAGAGCUCAGUUGGUCUCCAUGCUUGCUUCCUGGUCAGCACUGCCGGUCUCUUCUGCCUGACCUUCGCCUUCAUUGUGGGAAAGGACUUCUCCACCUGUGCCUCACGGAGGUUCCUGUUCGGGGUGCUGUUUGGUGGCUGCUUUGCCUGCCUCCUGAUGCAGUGUGUGAGGGUGAACAUCCUCGCCAGACGGAACAGCGGGCCCCGGGCCUGGGUUUUAUGUCUUGGGGCAGCAGGGCUGUGGCUGGUGGAGGUGGUCAUCAACACCGAGUGGCUGAUCAUCACAGUGGUGCGUCACCCGCAGCGGCCACUCAAUGCCACAGCUGAAACUGGCAGAGCAACAGCUACGCCAUGCAACAUCGCCAACCAGGACUUUGUCAUGGCAUUGAUCUACGUGAUGACCCUGAUCCUGGCUGUGGUGGUGGCAAGUCUGGCUAUCAUGGCAGGCAAACACAAGCAGUGGAAGAGGGAAGGUGCCUGUAUCCUUCUGACCAGCCUGUUCUCUGUGGGAAUUUGGGUGGCAUGGAUCGUUAUGUACGUCUAUGGGAAUGAGACGCACGGGGGACCCUCAUGGGAUGACCCCACCUUGGCCAUCGCCUUGGUGGCGAACGCCUGGGUGUUCCUCAUCAUCUACACAAUUCCUGAAAUCUGCUGUUUAACCAGCGAUGAUGAAAGCCAGCAGAGCUAUGGAGAAGAUCUGUACCCAAACCAAGGAGUCGGCUACGAAACGAUCCUGAAGGAACAGGGCUCCAAGAGCAUGUUCAUGGAAAACAAGGCUUUCUCUAUGGACGAGCCCCACCAAGGGGCCAAGCCUGUGUCUCCAUACAGCGGCUACACCGGGCAGCUGCGUAGUUCGGUCUACCAGCCCACUGAACUAGCUCUCAUCACCAAGGCAAUUGGAAAACACCCUCCCGACCCAUCCUGUGACAUGGUCAUUCCCAGAGCUUCCACCAACUCUGCAGCCAACAGCGGGAGCAGCACCCCCUCAACACAAACUGAGACUGGGAACACUGCAUUCACACAGACAAACGGAAAUGGCGUAGGUCCUACCCCGAACCCCCGACGCCUCUCCUUCUUCACUCCACCGUUCUCUUCAUUUCUCCUUGUCACUUGCCUUCCUCCAGAUGCCUUUCUAUUCCCCUGCCUCAGUGCAUGUCAACCUCUCAGCUCCAGCUGUAUCCAUAGCAACCUCUUCUGCAGGUUGACUAUGAAUCACUUCUUUGUCUGGAUUUUUUUUUCUUACCUUACGGAGCUCACUCUCUCAAGGCCUUGUGUCUUUUACUCAGUCUGUUUAAUGUGCUAGUUGGACUGAGUGCACUCUGUUCUUCUUCCAUCUUUUCUCUCUUGAUGCAAGAAAUAAAGGUGGGAAGGGUAGUGUUUGAUUAGACGUGACUGCUCUCAAUUUGCUAUUAUAGUAGUAGUCUUUUUCCACAUUUCUCUGUACUAAACAUUUAUCUUCUAAAUCAUUAUCUGUAAUAAACACGUGCCCCUAAGCUUUUAAGGUUGCUCUGAGAGGUUUGUAGCAUGCUUCAUCAUGGAGGACUGCAGCUGUAGUCCAUUUGGAUUCACAGCAGUUACAAUGGUUUCCAAUGGAUUACCAUUUUUGUGGUAAAAUAAAGUAUCAAAACAACCAUUGAAAUAGUGUGGAAGAGUGGGUGUGACGAGGAGGGGUUUAAGUUUCUGCGAAUCUUAUGAUUCUUGAAAACCUGAAAUACAAUACACACUAAAUAGUUUACUUUACAGUGAGCAGGAAAUUGAAUUUUCAGACACUUAUGAAUCAUCAUGAGGAGACAUGAAUGUGACUUUCACAUCUAUCAGAGGCAAAGCAUUGCACAAUGGACACUACUGUACUAUUUUGUUCCACUAGUGGAAUUUUUGAUAAUGCAAAUUUGUACGCUUAGAUUUCAGUAGGUAGCAAAUAGGGAGGGAUUUCCGACACAUAUUGUGUUACCCAUUGAAUAGUGUAACUGUUGUGCACCCAGGCUGACUACAGCUGCUUUUCUCCACGAAUGAGGAAGCUGCAAACGUUUCAGUGCCACAUUUCAAGCCUCCAGAGGGUAGUUGAUAUAAUAGACACAGGUUCUACCGGUGAAGUAUUCACUUAAAAUCUCUUUAUGAUUUCGUUUGAUCAACACCAUCUUUCUCCUCUUCUGCAGCGCAAUGGUCUGCACCGGACGUCCCAGUGGUGAACACACAUGGCCAUCGACGCCCCGUCAAACUUAUUUCAGUUCCUGUCUUUUCAUUUGCACCUGCUGACUGUAUGUUUGCCAUUAUUUGUGGUUCCCUAAGCUGGUCCUAAGAGGAACCCUCAGCCCCGACAUGAAUAGGUGAACACUAGGUCAUAACUGCUGAUGUAAACAGCUAAACCUUCUAUUGACUGAUUCCCCAUGUGCCACUGGGUAUCAGACAGCGUGGAGCUUCAUUUGGAAGUCAGAGCGAGGGGAUGAAGCCACGGCUUUGCGGCAGAACAAAGCCUUUUUGCUAUGGUUGCCAUUCACUGGGAGUGAACUGUGAGCUCUCCGCCGGACCCAGUCACACAGAUGAAGAGUGACCGCGCUGACCACGCAAAACAUGGUGGGAGAGAAUAGCUUAACUACAUGUUGGGAAGUACACACACAUGUAAAAGUGCACCGCUUCCCCCUACACACAGCAUAAACAAGUUUUAGAACUGUCACUGCCGUGGCACCCCACCCACCAAUGGAACAUUUCUUCCUCAGUUUGGCAUGAACACAGCACAGGCUGGAAAAAUUCAGACUAUCAGAACGACUGCAUUCACUUAUGUUAAAAAAAACAAAACAUUGUGCAAGGUCAAGUUUAAUGAUGGGAGUCAGUCUAUAUUUUUGUGCCUGGAUUGUGAAUAUAGUUAAUAAACACAAAGUUCACACACAAAACUGAGCUACUGGUAUGGAAUUAAUGUAAAUAGGUCGUUAAUGUGUCAUUGGUUCUACACUGCAUGGAAACAUUGUGUGAAGAUGCAUUUUUAAUUCUACUUGUAUCACUACGGCGUGCCAUGUAAUUAUUUUAUCUAAUUUCUAUCAGUCACGCCAUCAGGAUAAUAGAUAGCCGAGGUGGCUUGUUUUCCAUUUCGUAGUUUUGUGUCAGUGUCCAGUCAGAUUUCUUGUUUCCCAACUCCGGGUCCACUUUCCCAGUUUGUUCUAUAUCUUUCUGCAACAUCUUGAGGCCUCAAUCAGUGAAUGAAGUUUGCUCACAAAUAACGAUUCCAAAAGUCUCAAGCUCAAUACCCACAUGUCACAUGUUACUUUUAGAUGUUUUCCUCAUUGCAUAUAGAUGAUUUAGUUUUCUUUGUCAUAUAACCAAAGAAGUGAAGAAGUGCUUUAUUUCAAAUAAAUGUGACCUGCAGCGCCCCAACGUUGCUGUUCCCAAGUCCUCAUUUGAUUUAAAAUAUUUCGGUAGCAUUGUUGGCCGUAAGGCAAUAGACAAUAUUGAUUAAUGUUAGCGUUUAACUUUUGAAAACCUGACCCGUACACAAUGUUGUUUCAGACCCAUUUUUUCAGCAUUUCAACUGUGGCUGCUGUUUAAAAUGUCGGUUCAAAGUCACGGUUUGGUUCCGUUUAGGGGCAAAAACAACUUGGUUAAGUU